AUUAACAUACCAGUGUGUGACUCAGAAAUAAACUAAACCCUAGACAGUUUUCAGCCAUACGAUAAAAGUGUUUUUCGAAGGAUGUAUCACAUUUUCAGGAUAUAAGGAUAUUAUAAGAAGUGUUAUUUGGUUUUUAUAUUAUAUUAAUAUUCGAUUUUUUAAAUAUCGUUUUUCAUGAAUAUUUUACUGCCAAAUUUCCUUUUGACGUCUAGUAAUAGUUGUUUGUAUUGAUUCGUGCAAGAACAUACCGGAAUAAAAACUGCCAGAGAAGAUGACCAACAACACCAUUCUACAAGUGUUCCUUGUAGUUGCCAUCGUGUUUAUCAAUGGCGCUUAUGGAUUUGAAAAACAGUGCUUUCAUGACGACGCGGACGCUCCAGACGUUUUUACGUUGGUAAUGCGUGCACAAAUCUCUACCGGUGUCGCUAUGCAAAUCAUGGCGUUGAAUGGAGCAAGCAAUGCGCCCACCAAUUGUAAAAGUGUACAAACUGGAUCAGUUAACGAGCUGGUCAUCAAAUACAAAACAUCGUCUGUUACUCAAACAACCCCGAACCUUUCAACCAACGACUGCUUUGUGUCGUAUUCAGCCCCUACAUUUAGCUUAAAGGUAGCAGUACAGGGAAUCCCGGGUUUCGUUCAGAUAACCGACCAGUUGUAUUACGUAGAUUGUAACACAUCCAUGGCAGAUGCAGGUUUUCAAAGUCUGUCGGGCGUGAACAUAGCCAACGACAAAACCUUUUAUACGGCGGUCACUCGAAAUGACAGAGUUACGAUGCAGUUGAUCAAGGUGGGCCUUCCGAACGCCGGCUCUGUUUUAAGUUCUCCCGUCCUCCUUGGGCAAAAGGUUCGGGUGCGGGUGAUUUACUACCUCGAUCCGGCCGCUACAAACGGGGAAUACCCAAUCGGCAUCCACAACUAUGACCUGACUGUAGGACCAGGGAGUGCAGAAAGCGGACGGGUUAAACUUAUAAAGGACGAUGGGUGUACUUUAACGCGAACUCCAUUUGACCUCCUAACUACGUUUGCAUACAAACCGUCCUUAAGUCAUCCACGACGUCCAAACCAACAAGUGUUUGAGACAGGAGCGUUUAACAUUGUUAUGUUUGCCACGCCUACAUCUAAACAACUUCACUUCAAAGUACGUUACAGUGCCGAAUGCUACAGCGAUGAUGACCCAAAAUGCUUCGAUAAACUGGCCUAUUGCGAAGAACUUAGAAAAAAGAGGGCAACUGACGACGAAGGAAAUACAACACUUUCCUUGAACAUAGAGAUAGCAAUGCCAGGAGAAACUCCCAUUGAACAAGAUGUAGGCUCGGUCAAUCACCUAAAAGCUAAGGAAUGUGUCGCCGACAAGACCUACUGGAUCCUCGCUGUCUUGCUUGGUAUCGCUCUGCUGAUUGUUACCAUGGUCGGCAUGUACGUUUUCUGUAGACUGCAAACUGAGCAACAACGUGUCGAAAUGGUGCAAGAGAAAACCGGGUUUUAAAAUCCAACCAAACACAAUAAAAAAUCAAGAAAGACUAAUUGAAUGUUUUCUUAAUAAUAUGUGAUUUAGGUUUCCUUGAAUCAAACUUUUAAUAAAGUCUUUGUUUGCCGAGUGUAAUUCAAUACACUGUACUCGAUAAUAAUUUAUUGUCAUUUUUUGUUAAGCUUUUUUUCUAACAAAUACUUAUAUAGAGAUAUAC